AUGAGCGCACGCAAGCAUACUCUGGACGGAUACGCGCUCGUGCCCGCCAACGAGGCGCAGGAUCUGAUCGCCACGCAGCGCGAGUGGGUGGAGUGGGGCCAUCCUCUGCUUACGCAGCACCAAUUCAUCACGCGCGAAAAGGACGUGCUGGGCACCUCGGACUUUUCGGUCACACGUCGACGACGCUGGGUCCUCGUUCCGGCCGACGACACGCACACGCUCGACUUUCUCGCCGGCUGCGAGACCUACCGCCGUCCGAUCCUGGUGCGCCGAGGCGCCGGCGAGGUGCAGCGCGCUCUGGCCUACUCGGUCUGCUCGGUAUUCGUACCCGAGGACAAACGCCGCCACGGCUACGCAGCCAAGAUGAUGACGCUGCUGCAGCACCACCUCAACCCAGCAGGGUGUGUGCCUCCACCCCUCGACCAGGCAAGCAUCCAAGACAGCGGCUCCGUAGUCGUGCCGCUGGACGACCCCUCUUUGGAGCUGAGUGACGACGGCGCGUACGGAGGCAAUGCAACCUGCUCGUUCCUGUACAGCGACAUUGGCGAGUACUACUCCAAGUUCGCCUGGACCGUCGUAGGCAAUCGCCACGUCCAAUGGAAACCCUCCACUUCCAGCGCCGACCUACCGGCGGAUGCACGCUGGCUUACAGCCGACGAGCUCAACACCAUCGGCCGUAUCGACCGCUCCCACCUCCUUUCCACCCUCCAGACCUCUUCGUCCCCUGCACUUCGAUUCUGCCUCGACGAUCCCGAGGCCACGUCGUGGCGGUGGCUUAUCCGCCGCACCAAUUUCUACGCCACCACGCUGCUGCCCUCCUCCGCACCAAAGCCGUCUUACUUUGGCCUACUGCUCCCGGGCUCAUCGCAGACAGACGCCUCGUACGCCGUAUGGAUGUUCGACUUUAUCGAGCGCAAGGUGGCCAUCCUCCGACUGCGCUUCACCUCCGCCUCGACAUUCAAGAUGCUGGUGGGUGCAGUGCGCGCGCAGGCCGCCGAAUUCGGCAUGCAAAAGUGUCUCGCCUGGAACGUCGAUCUUGCCAGCCUCGGCGUCGAACUUAGCCAAGAGGACGAGCAGAGGCUCAAGCAGGGCGAGGCGGUGGAUAGGCACCAACACGCGCUGGCCCAAGGCGAGCUGGUCGAGAGACACGGCAAGAGCGCCAGCCUGCCCGCACUCGCGUGGUACGCAGACAUGGCCGAGGGCGAACAGGUAGAGUGGGUGUGCAACGAGUACGGCUGGUGGUGCUAG